CCGCACCGUCACAAGCUGACGUAUGCCGACGUGUCAAGUCAACGUUCUAAAAACACUGCCAACAAGCAUCAGUUUUCUUGCGGUCGUCACUCACGUAACUACUUCUAAAUUAUUCAAACGUGUCCCAAUAACUUAACCUAAACUUAAUAACACAAAAAUGCCUGCCCCAGCGAGUUCGACAACCGUGGGUUCGAGCAGCAGAUCGCCCUCGAAAGCUGUGGCCCCCAGAUCUUCCACAGGGGGCACCGUGAGGCAAAGGAAGACCACCUCCAGCAGCAGUGGAGUCGCUAAAAGGAGCGCAGGGGCCGCCAGCGGUAUGUGGAGAUUUUACACCGACGAUUCUCCCGGCAUCAAAGUUGGACCAGUUCCAGUUCUUGUGAUGUCCCUCUUGUUCAUCGCUUCAGUGUUUAUGCUACACAUCUGGGGCAAAUACACCAGGUCUUAGGUUUAAGUUAAUUUAUCAUUCCUUAUUUAAUUAAUGCAUUUUUCAUAUACAUUUUUUAUUGUUAAAUAUCUCAAAUGUAUUAAAUACAUUUUUCAUAUUAA